AUGAACUCGAUGACUUCCAAACUCCACUUUGACUUCCUCUGGUCCCGAACUAUUCCUCUGGGGGGGAAAGGGAAUGACACUAUUAAUGAGAAUGGACUACAACACUAUGUCAAAUUUGUCAACGAUCUGCUUGCUGCCGGUAUUACUCUCUCCAAUGAUAACAUUGUUACACUGGGAUCUCCCCACUCGAUUCUUGGGUAUAAUACCGGUUUAUUUGCUCCAGGAUGUUAUCGUGACCGGUCCAAAAGUGUUGGGUUAGAUAGUAGCCGCGAUCCCUGGAUUGUUGGCCAUAACCUCCUUGUUGCUCAUGGUGUUGCCGUGAAGAUUUACAGAGAGGAGUUCAAGACCAUUGGUGGUGGUGGGGAAAUUGGCAUUACCCUCAAUGAUCCUAUCUAUUUUUGCGAGCACCCGGACAGCAUUCUCAGGCAGUUAGGAAACCCCCUGCCAGCCUGGACAGAGGAAGAUCGCGCCCUCGUCCAAAGCAGUAAUGACUCCUACUGCAUGAAUCAUUACUGCGUGCAUUUCAUUAAGAAUAAGGCUGGUGAAUCGGACCCUGAUGAUUUCCAUGGGGACAUAGAGACCUUGAUGGAAGGAAGGAAUGAAAGCGAAGUCAGAUCGGAGAUUCAGUCCGAAUGGCUAUGCCCGUGCCCGUUGGGUUUUAGGAAGUUGUUAAAGUGGCUGAGUGAUCGAUAUGGUCGACCUAAGAUCUAA